AUGUCUACUAGUGAAAGCCUAACGAAAGCUAGUUUGCUGACAAAUCUCCUAACGCCCAAAAACAAAACCAGAUUAGGGACCUGGGACAUCAGAACCCUAUAUGAAAGCAGCAGAUCAGCCCAGGUCGCCAAAGAAAUGAGGAGGUAUAAAUUAAAGGUCCUAGGACUAAGUGAGACACGAUGGAACGGCAGUGGCCAAACUAGGUUGGUCUCGGGAGAGACUGUCGUCUACUCAGGUCACGAGGACGAAGAUCAUAAACACACGCAAGGUGUAGCCAUAAUGAUGUCUCCAGAAGCAACAAAUGCUUUGAUUGCAUGGGAGCCAGUCUCACCACGACUCAUAGCAGCUCGUUUCAAUGCCAAGGGAAGGAAAACAACUUUAAUCCAGUGCUAUGCACCCACAAAUGCUGCAACAGAUGAAGAGGCUCAAAUCGACAAAUCACCAAAAAGAUAUAUAAAGAUAGUAAUGGGAGACAUGAAUGCCAAAGUUGGAACAGAAAAUAAAGAACGGGAGCUCACAAUGGGGAAAAAUGAAAUAGGCAUAAUAAAUGAAAACGGGGAACUCUUUGCUGAUUUCUGCGCAUUUAAUGAUCUAAUUAUAGGGGGGACAAUUUUCUCUCAUAAAGAUAUACAUAAGACCUCCUGGACGUCACCAGAUGGCAAAACAAAAAACCAAAUUGAUCACAUCACAGUUUCCAGAAAGUGGAUAAGAAGUUUAAUGGAUUAG